CGGCGCCCGCAGUAGUUUGUCGCUAGCGAGGCGAGCUGCACCACCGAUGAUGUUUAAGAUUGUAGUGGAGUUGGCCCUAGUGGGGGCUAUAGCCUCCGUCUUCAUAGUGGCUGCUCAAGGUCGGGCCCAGGAAAAGGCCUCGGAGGAGGCAGCCGGGAGGAACUACAUGAGGUCCCUUGACGAGAUCAUGGCUAAGGCCAGGAACAAGAAGACCUUAGCGUCGUGGGCCUACGAGUCCAACAUCACUGACUAUAACCAGGAGCAACAACUACAAGUAUCCUUAGAAGUAGCUGAGGAAGAGAAGGAGUAUUGGAAGGAGACGAUGACGUAUCUAUGGCACGAGUUCGAGGAUGAGGACCUGAAGAGGCAGUUCAAGAAAUACUCCAUCUUGGGUUCAGCAGCCCUCCCCGAGGAUUUAAACCAGCGAUUGAUAAACGCGAUCAAUAGAAUGCAGUCGACAUACGCUAAGGCGACCAUAUGCGACUAUAAAAAUCGGGACAAGUGCGACCUGCAUGUUGAACCAGAGGUAACGAACAUUUUCGCCAGCAGCAACGACGCUGAGGAGCUGAAGUACACCUGGCUGGAGUGGCACAAGGCGGCGGGAGCGCCCUCGCGACAGGACUUCACAGAGUACGUGCAAAUGGACAACGAAGCUGCUAAAUUAAACGGUUUCGACAGCGUCGCCGAGUGGUGGUUGAGCGAGUACGAGGAGUCUGACAGCGAGGAUCAGUUUGCGGCGCUCUGGUCCCAGGUCAAGCCUCUGUACCUCCAGAUCCAUGCGUACGUCAGGCGACACCUGAGACUCAAGUAUGGGGAAGAUGUCGUGUCUGCGAAAGGACCUAUUCCAGCACAUUUGCUUGGUAACAUUUGGGCUCAGACAUGGGGUAACGUAGAAAAGUUCACUCGGCCAUACCCCAACAAACAAGACGUUGAUGUCACUGAAGCUCUUAUUAGCCAGAAUUACACUGCGCUUAAAAUGUUUAAAGCCGCCGAAGAGUUCUUUACAUCUUUAAACUUGACUGCUAUGCCUCCACUAUUCUGGGAGAGAUCCAUUAUAGAGAAACCUGACGAUGGAAGAGACAUGGUGUGUCACGCGUCCGCAUGGGACUUCUUUGACGGAGAAGAUUUUAGAAUCAAACAGUGCACUGAAAUAACAAAGGCUUUCUUCACCACAACUCACCACGAGAUGGGUCACAUCCAGUACUACCUGCAAUACAAGGAUCAGCCUACCAUUUAUAGAGCUGGUGCUAAUCCCGGAUUCCAUGAAGCAGUGGGUGACGUGAUAUCGUUGUCAGUGUCUACGCCGAAACAUCUGAGGAAGAUGGGUCUACUUGAGGAUGGUCCGGAUGACUUGGAAUCUAACAUCAAUCAGCUGUAUAAAAUGGGCUUAGACAAGAUAGUGUUUCUGCCGUUCGGCUACAUCCUGGACUUGUUCCGUUACGGCGUGUUCAGAGGUAUCACCUCGCCCGAGGACUACAACUGCCACUUCUGGCAGCUUAGAGAGACGAUCCAGGGCAUUGAACCCCCUGCGACCAGGACUGAGGAGGACUUUGACCCCGCCGCCAAAUAUCAUAUCGCUUCUGAUGUUGAAUACAUGAGAUACUACGUUUCGUACAUAGUCCAGUUCCAAUUCCACCGCUCCCUGUGCCAGCUGGCGGGCGAGUACGAUCCCAGUGACUCCAGCAAGCUGCUGUCCAACUGCGACAUCUACAGGAGUACUGCUGCUGGCAACGCUUUGGGUAAAAUGCUACAAAUGGGUGCUUCGAAGCCUUGGCCGGACGCGAUGGAGGUGCUGACAGGGCAGCGCAAGAUGGAUGCCAGUGGUGUGCUGGAAUACUUCCAGCCGCUGUACCAGUGGCUCAAGCAGGAGAAUGAACGCACUGGAGAACACAUCGGAUGGGAAUCCAGUAACGUUCAAUUCUGUACACCGGAGCAACGCAGCUACAUGGCAAACUCUGACUUCAGUGAAAAACUGUCAAAAUACUCAGGCGCAUUAGUUGAUUAAUAAAUUAAAAUUAUUAAAUACCU